ACUACUACUACUACUACUACUACUACUACAACUACUACUACUACUACCACUACUACUACUACUACUACAACUACUACUACUACUACUACUACCACUACUACUUCUACUACUACUACUACUACUACUACUACUACUACUACUACUACUGCUACUACUUCUACUGCUACUACUACUACUACUGCUGCAGCUACUUAUGCUACUACUGCUACUGCUGCUACUCCUUCAAACUGCUACUACACUGCUACUGCUACUAUUACUACUCCUGAUUCUGCUACAACUACAACUACUACUACCACAACCACCAGUCCCACUACCACUACCAGUAUCACUUACACUACCGCUACUACCACAACUUCUACUACUACUACUACUACUACUACUACUACUACUACUACUACUACUACUACUACUACUACUACUACUACUACUACUACAACUACUACUACUACUACUACCACUACUACUUCUACUACUACUACUACUACUACUACUACAACUACUACUACUACUGCUACUACUACUACUGCUACUACUACUACUACUGAUGCAGCUACUUAUGCUACUACUGCU